CGACCAAGUCUCACUCACUCACACUUUCACUUUCACUUUCACUUUCAGUGUUCUCCGACACACAUUCAUUCUCCUUUUACUUUGCUCCAUCCAACACAUGUAUGCGGCGGAGCUUCUCAGCAUCUUCGCCGUGCACGGCGGAGGAGAUGCCACGCUCUCAGUUACCGCCGCCGCCGCCGCCAACAACAGAUUUUUCAAAACCUCAGCUUUCACGACACCCACUUCCCACAACGCUGCGAAUGUGAGGCUGGCCAAGGCAUUGACGCGUUGUCGCUGCACCGUUGACUCCAAGCCCGUCGGCGGCGACGUUUUCUCUGUGACGCCGCCGAACAAGUAUGACGUGGAUUACCUCGGCGAGAGCACCAAAGGGGAUUUGAAUGUCAAGUUGGAGCAUCUUGAGGCUUUUGGAAUUGAUGGGCAGGCGAUUGAGGAAGUGGCCAGAGCAGAGGCAAGAGAAGCAGAAGACUUGCUAAAAGACCUCGGUAUUCCGAGCCCUUCUUCGUCCAGAAAUUCACCUCGUGGAAUAUUCUGCACCCGUACAUUGAAUCUGCGGUCGAUCAGUGUAAUUGGAUAUGACAUGGACUAUACUUUGGUCCAGUAUAAUGUGAGGGCUUGGGAAGGGCGGGCUUAUGACUACUGUAUGGAAAACCUUAAGAAUAUGGGCUUCCCUGUUGAUGGGCUUGAAUUUGAUCCUGACCUGGUAAUUAGAGGCCUUGUCAUAGACAAAGAGAAAGGCAAUUUGGUUAAAGCUGAUCGAUUUGGUUAUAUAAAAAGAGCCAUGCACGGCACCAAAAUGUUAUCUACUCGAGCUGUUAGUGAGAUGUACGGGAGAGAACUGGUGGACCUGCGAAAGGAGAGUAGAUGGGAGUUUCUCAAUACACUGUUCUCUGUGUCUGAAGCUGUAGCCUACAUGCAGAUGGUUGACAGAUUGGAUGAUGGGACAAUACCAUCGGAUCUUGGCCCCUUGGAUUAUAAAGGACUUUAUAAGGCUGUUGGAAAAGCUCUCUUUUGGGCACAUGUAGAAGGUCGUCUUAAGAGUGAGAUCAUGUCUAAGCCUGAACAGUUUGUGGAGCCAGAUCCAGAAUUACCUCUGGCACUUUUGGAUCAGAAGGAGGCUGGUAAAAAACUAUUGCUCAUUACCAACUCGGAUUAUCAUUACACAGACAAAAUGAUGCGGCAUUCUUUUAAUCGAUUCCUUCCAAAUGAUAUGGAUUGGCGAGAUCUAUUUGACAUAGUAAUUGUGUCAGCGAGAAAACCAGAGUUCUUCCAAACGUCACAUCCCAUGUAUGAAGUGGUCACAGGCGAGGGUCUGAUGCGUCCAUGCUUCAAGGCUAAAUUUGGUGGUUUAUACUCAGGGGGAAGUGCACAGAUGGUUGAAAAUUCUCUUGAUAUCCAUGGAGAUGAGAUAUUAUAUGUUGGUGACCAUAUUUACACAGAUGUCAGUCAAUCCAAGGUUAAUUUGCGAUGGCGAACAGCAUUGGUUUGUCGUGAACUGGAAGAAGAGUACAGUGCCUUGAUUCAUAGCCGGAGUCAGAGAGAAUCAUUAGUGGAGCUUAUAAAUCAAAAGGAGGUUCUAGGGGAUCUCUUUAACCAACUUCGGCUGGCUCUGCAAAGGCGAAGCAAAGACCGUCCUGCUCAAACACUUGCAGCAACCAACAUGAAAGAUGAAGACCUCACUGAAAGCAUGCAAAAGCUACUUAUUGUUAUGCAAAGACUGGAUGAGAAAAUUGCUCCAAUGCUGGAGGAAGAUGGGGAGCUCUUCAAUUCAAGGUGGGGCUAUCUAUCUCGUGCUGGACUGUGGGAUAAAAGUCACUUGAUGAGACAAAUUGAAAAAUAUGCUGAUAUUUAUACAUCUAGAGUGUCAAACUUUUUAUAUUACACCCCCUUCAUGUAUUUCCGCUCUCAGGAACAGAAUCUUGCGCAUGACUCAUACUCACACUACUGUUCAGCACUCAAUGAUGACUUUUCUUCUUAGGGAAAAAUUGCGGGAAGAAAAACGGAUUAGUAUAAGAAAUAAAGAAUCUGUUGUUGACAUUGUUAGCAGAUGUAUCAUUGUAACAGUAUCCAAUGCUGUGAUGAUGAUGAUACCUUGUAUUAUUUGAAACUCAUAUAAUAUCCACGGAAGACUCAUGUAGCAUUUUUACCUUGGCCAAGUGGUGCUAAGUGGCCCCUGGUUAUAGGAGAGCAAAGCCCCACCAGGCAAAGAAGGGAAACACAAAUGGCUAGAGAUUUUGUUUCCAACUGAUUGUGAAUUUGGUGUUGAUUUCAGCAAUUUACAUGAUGUAAUCAGAUUGACAAUUUGGCAAUGCAUUGUUAGAAAUCAUUGAACAA